UUGCUUGGGAAGCUUGGUGUCCUAGUUCAAGAGCGAUGGUACUUUCUCGCAUAUUGGUUCUAUUCCGAGGAACACUUUUCAGAUUGAACAGGGGUCGAGUGGUACUUCCAGAGGGACAUGGCAAUCCAACGGCAGGAAUAAUUGUUGUCCAAACCCUAGCGUCAAACCUACGGGGAUCUCUAACUCUUGUUCUUCUGGUGACAAGUCACUUUUUCUUGUUAACAGUCCUAGCCAAUCCGGCUACCGAUCUAGUCCUCUACCGAACCCUACUCCUUAUAUUCCUCCGGCCCCGUAACAUUCUCUGGUAG